AUGAACCACCACCCCGCAGCCUGGGGCCAGCCCCUCACCGCGCACCAGCAGUUCGACAUGUACUCCACCUUCCCCGUCUCCAACUCGAGCAUGCCCACCACCGCACCAGUGGGACACACCCAGCAGCCUCUGGUGACGGGUACCUCGGUCAUCGGCCUAAAGUACAAGGACGGGGUGAUGCUGGCGGCAGACAACCUCGCGUCGUACGGAUCCCUCGCGCGUUUCCGUGACAUUCAGCGUCUCCACCCUCUGGGCACGCACACGGUCCUCGGCGCGGCCGGAGACAUGUCCGACUUCCAGUACCUCAAGAAGGAGCUUGAUGGCCUCCUGCGCGAGGAGGAGGCGCUCAAGCUUACGGAUGGCCAUCCUCCUCUCGCCCCGAAAAACAUCUACACUUUCCUCGCUAAUCUUUUCUACGCUAGGCGGAGCCGUAUCAACCCCCUCUGGAAUGCUUGUCUCGUUGGCGGAUGGGACUUUGAGAAGGACGAGCCUUUCCUCGGAUACGUCGAUCUGCUCGGCACGACUUAUACUGCCCCAACGCUUGCCACGGGCUUUGGGAUGCACCUUGCCCAGCCGUUGCUGCGCGAAAAGUUCGAGGCGACCGCUGGCGUCGAUGGCACGGGGCCGCUCAUGUCUGCUGAGGAGGCCGAGGCUGUCCUCAACGAGUGCAUGAAGGUGUUGUAUUACCGCGACGCCCGGAGUAUCAACAAGUACCAGAUUGCCAAGGUUACCAAGAACGGCGUCGAGAUCUCGGACUCCAAGUCGGCACCCACGGUCUGGGACUUUGCCGAAGGUCUCCGCGGGUACGGUGCGCAGGAGCAGUAG